UGGUUGAAUAGUUUCAGAACGGUAUUCUGAAGUUUGUAUUCCGUUUGUAUAAAACUAUUGCAUUUAAGAUCGAGUGUUCAAAUCAGUAGCUCUUAGUCUAUAAGGACGCAAGUGUAACAAAAAUGGGUUUUCUUAAUAGUUUUAUUGUUGUUUUAGUUGUCCUCGUCUUUUUAGCUCAGAACAUACAAGGCCAUUGGUUUGGAGGCCCCGGCUGGUACAGACCUGGAUUUGGACCUGGUUUUGGCCAUGGUUUUGGACCUGGAUUUGGGCCUGGGUUUGGACCUUAUUAUGGGCCUGUGUUCCCGCCACCUCCGCCGCCACCACCACCAUUCUUCUUUGGAUGAAAAUGGAUCGGAUAAAAUGUAUACAAUAAGUUUUUUAUGUGUAAUGUAAUUAAAUUACUUUAAUAGAACUUUAUAGUUUUAUUUAACUACUAGCUCU